AUAAAUCAAAAGUGAAAAGAAAGAGUUUGAAAAAAAAAUGAUGAAGAAAUUCAUCCUUUUCUUUGUUUUAGUAUCAAGUUUGUUGCUUGCUACUCAGUUUUCCAAUGCUGAGGAAUUUGAAAGUCCAGUUGAAGCACCUGAAAUCCAUAAGAUGGGAGGAGAAGGCUCACUUCGAAUAGAAGAAUGUCCAAAGGCAUGUGCAUAUCGAUGUUCAGCGACAUCUCACAAGAAACCAUGUUUGUUCUUCUGCAACAAAUGUUGUAGAAAAUGUUUGUGCGUACCAUCGGGAACAUACGGACACAAAGAAGAAUGUCCUUGUUACAAUAACUGGACGACCAAAGAAGGUGGACCAAAAUGUCCAUAAUCACAUACUUAUGAAUAAAAUGUUUCUUCCUAAUUAAUAAAAUCGAUGUUGUCCAUGGUUUUUUUAAUA